CCCAAAACAACCGACAAGCUCAACCACAAAAUAAAGAAGAAAAACAAAACACACUAAACGCUUUCAGCAAACCAUAAUUAAGUUAUUAAGUGAAUGCGAUGUUAAAGUCCACAUAUACGCUGUGCACUUUUCGCCUUAUUUAGCAGCGAAUAUUGGACUAGUGUAGGGUUAGGCCUAGGCUAGACCUCUAGACCAAUACACCUUCCCCCUUCUUCUUUCUUCGUACACAGGGAGGUCACGCAUCAUAACCCAGUUGUAAACACAACCCGGCUGUGGAACACAGGCCGGCUGACUGAUAAUGUAAACAAAUCUCAACCUAUUCUCUUUUUCCUUGUUGAAUGGUUUUCCUUAGAUCCUUUAAUUCCUUUCCCAUUUAGAACGUGUUUUCACGUCCAAAAUUCACUAAAAAGGUAAUAAUUAUCUCAGAAGUCCAGUCAACUUGACCAGCAUUAUUUUGUUUGCAAAGAAGAGAGAAGUUCUAUAUAGGCCAACUUCCACCGCUCCCGACCAAUCAGAUCAAGAAAGACUUGAGGUGAUUCUAUUUUUAUAAAAUUUUGUGAAAGUAGGGCUUACACUAAGAAAACAUAACGGGGUGUACUCUGCCUCAAUUGCAAUACAAAAGUAUUAUACAAAAAUUAACAAAAUAUACAAAGUAGUUUUAAAAUAAUGUUGUCCAUCUUCACACUGAAACACGAAAAGGUAAGCCUAAUGCAGCGUAGGGAUUUUGGCAUCAUCUUGAGCCUUGACCCAGUUUCUCCAAGUUCAGCUGUGAAUGAUGGUGACGAUGUAGUGUCUACAUCGUUUCACAGAGGUCCCAUAUCAGAAUAUCGUUAGUUUUGAAGAAUUUCACACAACAUCCUACUUUUGUUGUACCAAAGUUACAAUCACACUGUGUCGAGAUGGAUGGUGAUGGUGGAGAGAAAAAGGAAGUUCGUCGGCCGAUGAACGCCUUCCUGAUCUUUUGCAAGCGUCACCGCAGUGUGGUGCGGGAAAAGCACCCCGAGCUGGACAACCGCAGCGUGACACGUGUACUGGGCGACCUCUGGGCCAACCUCGGUGAGGAGAAGGCGACCUACACUACUUUAGCCAAACAGUACAAGGAUGCGUUUAUGAAGGCCAACCCGGAUUACAAGUGGCACAACACGGACAAGUCCAGCUCAGCGGCAAGCAAAGUGACCGCGAAACCCACCAAUUCCAGGGUCAUCAAGAACGUCGCCGAUCUUGUUCCUGAAGGGGGGAUAACUCCGGGAAAACUUGCAGACCCGGACAAGAUGGGUGGCCUGAACUUGCUGCUUCUGGCAGGCCGAGAGACUGCCAACGAGGACUAUGCGAGGCACUCGGCUCCCAAGACGUCUGUGGCUCCCCACAUCACCGUGACGACUUCUGCCAGUGUCUCCGCCUCUCCUGCUACCUGCUUCGCUGCUUCCUCGGGAGCUGACGUGCCACCUGCGUCCACUAACUCAGCCCUUCUUCAGCUUGCAGAGAUGUGCACCAGUGAGCUCCACAGUCCGCUGCCCACGACAACGCCGCUAACUCUUCCCCAUCAGUCCGCAACGUCCAGUUCCCCGUCGCCGACGGCAACAGCCGCCACCACCUACCCCUUCUCCUCUGGCACGGACUCAUCCCAGUUGGCAGCAUCUGCCAAGAGGUCCCCCGUACAGACUGCCGUCAUGUCCUCCUCACACCCGCUGCCCCCGCCCAAGAAGAGAGCCAGACACUGGAGCCUGUCGGAGAGUGGCCAGGUUUCCACGGAUACUGCUUCUGACUGCGGAGAUGCCUCGUCCGACCUGGCGGGUGAUGCACACAGGGAUGUUAGAUGUUGGGGCUCCGAGGAGCCUCUCGCUGCCAAGAGAGGAUGUGGUGCGUUGUCCCCGCUAAAUCUUUCUAUGCCAAAGUCUCUGGCCUUGCCCCAGGGAUCGGAUCCCAUCUUUGGCAAAUUUGCCACCUUUGCCGAUUAUAAACAGACAUGCCAUGCUCGGAGAACCUCGUCCUCUGCCACAGAAUCGCUUCCUUCCCCCUCCCCACCAUACCCCCAUGACUCGGAGUCCCCCGUUUUCCUUCAGGCAGAAGCGGGAGACUUGUGUAAAGCAGAAACGAAGCUUCCUCUCCCAAAGAAGGUGCCGGAAAGUUUCCAGAGGAGCUAUCUUCCCCAGCUUGGUGAAGAUGUGUUGCACCUCGCAAAACAGGCCCCGCCUCCCCCUACACAUCUGCCAGAUCGGCGGUACUGGGAGGAUCCGCCCCCUCUGACAGCAGAAGCAGACGCGAGACUGGCAUCCCAUGUUCUCCGAGCCUCCCUGAUGUGGGGACAGGAGAGGAGGUCGGUGGAUGAGGAAAAAGGCGUGACGAGUGUACAGCAGAGUGACCUUGUCUCACAAACCUGUGGUGACCGCGCGGGUUAUCGACAACAAGUCGGCUUGGCAGGAGGGGGUGGGUCAGUGGACUCGAACCUGGAGAGUUCUAGACCAGAGUUCAUGCAGUGGCGACAGCGGAGUGAAGGAGGGUUUGGUCAGGAGGAAGGCGCGGCAGGAAAUACCCAGUCGGCUCAUCUGAGAGGGGGGGUUGUGUCGAGAUCGGCAGAGCCCGUUUCGCACAACAAAAAUUUUGAAGCUGGCGAUGGAGUUCAGUCAAGUCUCAAGUUCAAGACGGACGUCCACUCCUUCCUGAGUGAGAGACGAAUCGCUUCUCUCUUGUCGAGCUCCCCGACACACCCUGUGCCCCCGUGUAGCGACCAACACUCGGACAGCUGGUCCACGCUGAGUCAGGAGAAAUCAGAGGAGCUUGGACCGGCCGAGUCAGACCCCAGGUCCCCGCUCUCCGGACACCCAGGACCUGCCAAAGGAAAGCUGAAGAAGAAGUGGGCGGAGAGGAUGUUGGCCGAGGCCUUCAAAGAGGAGAUGGCUCGGAGACCUUCCAAACAGGUGGACUCUUCCCUCCAGCACAGCGCAGGGAUGGGAAAGGAAACGGCGAAUUCAGGUUCAGAAUUGUUGAGGCUUCCCACGAGUAGCGGUGACGGUGGUGGUCUGGUCAGUACAGGUCUCAGACCAGCUAGCGGAGGAGGGGAGAACGCUGGUGACUUCAAACCCUCGGGACAACUGUUGUUUAGCGGGAGAAAUCCCCUGGACCUGCCCUCGUUCAAGACGGUUAAGCCUGAAACUUCCAGGCUGGGCCAAAGCUCCAGAAGAUUUUCGUUUUCAGAAUCCGCCCCAGUUGCCAAGACAGACAGGAGUCCCCCUUCUGGGGACUACUACCGAAUUGGUAACCUCAGCUUCCCCCCUCCCAAGAAAGCUAAGCUUGAAGAUGGUCCCAGUUCUUUCUACAAAAAACUACAGAGAUCGGCGUCUGGCGACAUCGUUGUUUCAUCGUCCGUCUCCAGAGAUCACAGGGGACCUGGCAACCUGCCGGUGAGCAGCGCCGAGCGCCUCAACCCUAUCACAGCCUGUGGCAAACGAAUCGUGGACCACAUUGUCGAACGGCUGUUUCAGACAGAUUUCUCUGGCGAGUCGCCCGGCGGUCAAGGUGCGGAGAGAUACGCGGCCAAGGAGUUGAGUAAGGAAGAGAAGGAAAAACGUUCACAGUGGAGCCAGUACAGGGAGUCGGCAGACAGAGACAGCUGGCUGAAGAAGGAGGCGAUGGAGGAGGAUGGCUGGGUGAAGAGGGAGAGGAAAUAUCUGCAGGCCAAGACGGAGAACCACGGCAAGGCGAAGGAGGAAAAAGAGGAGUGGGCAAACAGGGAGGCCAAGCUCAGCUUUCCAAGACUGUCGGCCAGCAGUUUGGUGGAGAAAGUUGUGAAAGAGGUGUGUGGUCCUCCGAUAAAGAAAGAAGAUUGUCACUGUAGCAGUGGAGCCGACGGCAAAGGUCCAGCGUCCAAGAGUCACCCGGGAGGUGCUGCUCCUAGAAUGACACCUCCGGCUAGCAGUAGUGCCAGUCUAGCGGCUACGUCGUCGUUGUUGUCAUUGUCAUCAUUCGCAACAACCGCAGCAGGAUUGAGUAAACAGUGUCUUCUGGGUCAGGUGAAUGCUCUCGAGGUGAAGCCUGAACCGCCAUCCAGGGAGUCGCUGGGGUCGUGCGGGGUCACAGAGGAGCGAGGACCUGCUGUGACCAAAAGUGAGGACAGCACGCACGGACGCAACAAACCUGUCUCCACCGGUCUCAAAACUGUUGGCCAGAGAGCUGGUGACUGUGAAGGAUCUGGUGAGCAAAAGCCAUCACUAUCUUCAGAGUCGUGUGAGCCAGAGCAUGCGGAAAACAACAACUGUGCUGUAGCUGACUGGGAAGUGGAAGCAGGCAUCCAGCCCGUGCGCAAGUCAAGGCGAGCCAAUCGCGGACAGAAGUACCAGGCGCUGAUCAACGAGGGCAUCAUACAGCCCUCCAGGGAGCGCCUGGCUGCACGCACCGCCGAGAGGAACGGGCGGAGUUUUAGCACGCGGGACGAGUUUGAGAGGCAGGAGCAGAAGCGGUGCCUGAAACGGUCGGCCAGCGAGCGGGACAUGGCCGGGGACAGUGUUUCCACCGGGGUCGCUGCGACAACGCCGACGACAGCUGCUGCUGCUGCUGCUGUGGGACAGGAGAAGAAGAAGGUCGCAGACAGUGAGCAAAGAGAGGGUAUAUGAGGCCGAGGUGCCACGCUUCCCUCUGCCCAAAUGUGCUAGGCCCACAGAGCCGGUGACGGGCAGUCGCAAGCGCAAGGUGCGCAAACAUCUCAUCACUCGCAUCAGUCGGGAGGAGGAGGCCAAAGAGCCUGCCAAGCCUCCUGUUCAAAAGCCUUCAGCAUCGUCAUCCAGUGAGAAAGAAUCUCAUAAAAACGCAGAUGGAGGUGACAACGCGAGUCUUGUGUCCCGUCAGUCUGCCAAGGCGACGACUCCGGCAACCACAGCGGUAUCUAGUGCGGGCUUAUGGGGACUGAGCGGAAAGGCUGAGAAGUCUCCUGCGACAUUGAAACCAAAACCUGCCGUGUCGUCAAGCAGCAAGUCAAACAAAGACAAGAAGUCGGCGAGGUCUGUUAAAGAAAAGUCGCAAUGUUUUUCAGAAUCGGCUCUUUCCCUGGGGAGGGACAAAGGAAGCGCAGGUGAAAGUGAGACCGCAGCAGCGACGACGAAGGCAGCAGAUACCUCCAGCGCUGACCCGUCGGCAGCGAAAUCGUCAAGAAUCGAACCUCCCGCAGCGCUGUCGUCGCAGAGCAUCCCACAACUUCCCACCUCAGCUCAAGCCAUUGCGGCGACAGAUUUCACCGCACCUUCUGCCAAGUUGGAUUCGCUCGUGGCUACCGCCCUGCUACAGUACAACUCGGCGUACUUGCCCAAGGUUGCAGCCGCGGCCUUGACGGAGGCCGUGACCGCGGAGAUGACGCGGGACAGACAGUGUCCCCUGUCGGAGACGGCCCCCUGCCCCGGCAACAGCGUCCCGACCCCGGGGGAUGCCACAAGAGCUGCCGUAGCGCCUGCCUCCUCCUCCUCAUCGUCCUCCGGCGUUCCUACCUCUUUGGAAAGUAGCAGCUCUCUCAUAGCCAGGUCGCUAGCGAGCACAGGAGACAACAGACAGCCGUACGUUCCUACCUCACUGGGCCGAGCUUCAGUCCUCUCAUCUUUGUUGACGUUAUCGUCUUCGGUAUCGGCGUAUUCCGCCUUCCAACCUCCCGUGAUCACAAACGCAUCGACCACACAGCCACAACCACAAUUUGUCGGAGGGGCUGUCUCCGCAGGUCUCGAACCCCUCCCUGCGGCCACUGCCUCUGCCACUCAGAAAUCUGGGAAGCUGUCGGCCAUAAACUCAUCCUCACCACCGACCUCGCUCCCGGCUCUGUCCGCCUUCUCCACGCCCACAGUCGUGUCUGCUUCUCCCCCGGUCACCUCUCUGUCCAGUCCCUUACAUGUGGGCAGCAAACUCCCAGUCGCUGCAGACGGAGCGAAACACGCGAGGCCUGCGGCCAUAGCGGCAUCCUCGCGAACAACUUCCUCCAUUUGGUCGGUUCUGAAGGCUGGUUCCAACGUCGGCUCUCACUUGGGUCAAGCAAAGUCGUUUCGGCCGGCACCCAGCGCCUGGUCGGGGGGGAAGAAGAAGGAUGUCAAGGACGAUUCUGGAGGUCGGAAGCACGGCGGAGCAGCACCAGCGGUGAACAAGGAGAAAGAUAAAACUGUGGUUCCCAAGUCGCCGCUGUCGUCAUCGGGGUUGGAUAAACUUCAUUGUGUAGCUCCCACCGCUGUUAGUAAAAGUCAUAAUACACCGCCCACCCUGCACAAAGGUCAAAGUUCACAAUCAGCCGUGGAUAAAGCACGAAGAGGGGAACCCGUGGUAAGUCAAGCACAGUCUAGAUCGUCGACGGUGGUACACAAUAAACCACAAAGUGCACCGUGGUCUGUGGGUAAAGAACAGGUCGCACCUCCCACUGUGUUGUCUGCCCCGGAGAAGGUUGGUUGUGUUGCGACUUGUGCCGUGCGGAAAGGGUCGGAUGGUACGUUGUCAAGUGCUGCGGAGCAAGAACCAUGUGUAGAAUCUGGUGCGGAUAGAGUCCGUGCUUCCAACGCAUCGACAAAACUUUCUCUCAGUGAGCAGGACCUUCAUAGAAUGGCACCGAAUGUCGCAGGAAAGGCUGCGGAGGAAUUGGUUGGUCGCACAAAUGGCGCGGCUCUCACUUCCGACGGGGAGGUCAGGAAGAAUCGCGUGUCGACCUUGAAGACGAGCAUUCUCCGUGGAAGUCUGCUGGGCGUGCACACAGGAACACCCGCUGCACACCCAGUACAGCUGUCUUCAGAAGUGUGCAAGGAGAGUUUUGCUCCGUGUCUAGACUUGGAUGAUUCCCUCAAGGAUAAGGAGUCUUUGGCCGGCGUUGUGGGUGUGAGUAUUUCCGGAGACAGCAAUUUGGAAACGGUUUCUGUGCAGCUGAAUUCUGCUCUGUGGGAAACUGCACGCCCGCUGUCGACUACUGCGGGUCCGGUCCCCCCCUCGGGUCAAGGACUUCCUAGCUUGUCGCUGCCUGGAGCAGUGCCGUACUGUAUAUCUCUGGCUUCGUGCGCCUUGCCCAUUUCCUCGCUGAACUCCUCGUCAUCAUCAUCGUCAUCUGUUCUGCCCUGUAUCCCCAUCACAACCCACGCAGUGGCCAGACCUCUGACCUCGGCGUUGUCCUCCCCUCCGACCUCGCUGUCCUCCGCUGUGGUC